AUGGUCGAUCUCACCAAGGGAUUUUUCUUCAGCUACAACUAUCCGCUGCCCUGCUCCGUCCAGCAAAACAUUCUCCAGUGCGUCCAUUCUCCCGCUUCUCCCGCUUCUCCAGUUUCUACCAACCCUGCAGAUUCGAAUGCUGGUUCCUCGGUUUCCCCAGUUUCCACGAACCAUACCAACCCGACUCCAGUCUUCCCAAACCAAACCAAUCCGAUCCCUGGCUCCCCAGUUUCCCCGGUUUCCCCGGUUUCCCCGGUUUCGCAGCCUCUGUUCGAUUGGAGGUCGCUCUGGGACUCGAUGUUCGUUUGGAACGCGCACUGGACCCGGGAGGCCCGCGCGCUGCUGGCGUGUCCGUGGCUGGUGGCGCUGAUCCACGGCGUGGUGCUGCAGCAGCGCUGUAUUCAGAGCGACCGGCAGUUCCAGCUGACGCUGAUCGCUCGGCGAAGCCGAAUGUACGCGGGUCCGCGGUAUCUGAAGCGAGGCAUCAACGAUGAGGGCUAUGUGGCGAACGAGGUGGAGGUGGAGACGGUGAUCGAAGACGAGUUCGGACACAUCGCGGCGCACACGCAAGUGCGAGGGUCCAUUCCGGGGUAUUGGAAGCAGGACGUGAGCGUGGCGGUGCCGCGGCCGCCCAUCCAGAUCGUGCGGAACGACCCGCUGUACCGCACCUUCACGACGCACAUGUCCCUUCUGCUGCAGCGCUAUUCCGCGCCCAUCCAAGUCCUCGAUCUCGUCAAAACCAAGGAGAAACACCCCAGAGAGUCCCUCGUCGCCAACCUUCUCCGCGAGAGCUGCGCCUUCUUGAACCAGCGAACGCCGCCGGGCAUGAAGAUCUCCUAUUGGCACGUCGAUUUCGCGGAUAUCGCCAAGCAUUCCAGCGUCGAGAACCCUCUUCUCCACGACAUUCUCUCGCGCUAUGCUCGCUCCUCCAUGGAGUUUCCACGUUUCCACUUUCGUGACGGACAGAUCGACCGGAACGAUGAAACGCCCGGUCCCUUGUCGGAUUCCAUGCGGUCGGCGCUGCUGCAGUGCGGCCAUUUGGAGCAGCGCGGCGUUCUGCGGAGCAACUGCAUCGACUGUCUGGAUCGCACGAACGUGGCGCAGUUCUUCCUGUCGUACACCGCGGUUUAUCACAUGCUUUUCACGCUGGGGAUCGUGGAAUCGCCGGCGACGCCGGACACUUCGCCGCUGCAGCAGAUUUUAGUGGAGAUGUACAAGGACCUCGGCGAUGUGAUUAGUUUGCAAUACGGCGGCAGCAACGCCCACGACAAGAUCGACGUGACGCGCGGGAACAAGAAGAAAAAGGACUUCCUCACGACGAUUCUACGGCAUUACAACAACGCCUUCACCGACAAAGUGAAGCAGGAAAGCAUCAACAUCUUCCUCGGCGUCGUGGACCCCCUCAAACACGGCCAGAUCAUCUCCAUCACCAACGCCAAGCCCAACUACGACUACUACCUCCACAACCGCGGCUACCUCCAGAACGAAACCGUCUCCAUCCGCACCAGCGCCACCUGGUGGCAGGCUCCGGUCGUUUCUUUCGAGCAGUCCGUCGUUUCUGACCUCCCGACCUUCCUGCAGGCCUGCCCCGCGCUGGACUGCCGCUUCUGCGGGAAGGAGCCGGCCGUCCCCAGCGCGCUGUGCUGCGCUUUCUGCGGCUCGCUGCUGCGACGACGCCUCCCAGCGCUCCAUCGCGGGAGUUUCUACGCCGCCUCGCACGAGACCGGACUCGUCUACGAGCAGUUGGUUCCGUCCGAGAAAGAGUGGAAACGGGGGAAACCGCUGAGCCGUAGAAGGUCGCUGUGCGAGCUGGAUCGCUUGCUUGCGGUUCCGUGCCUCGUUCCGCACUACCUCAACACCGUAUCUCGCUGGUUUCUCAUUGGCUCAUUGGGAAUAGUGUUCCGCGGAGGACUGCACCCCCAACACGCCCGUGAAACUCCGCUUCUGGGAGAACUGGAACGCGCGCACGCAGUCGACGGUUCAGUACGUGGGCGUUUCCGACUGGAACGAAUCCACGCGCAAAGCGCUGCCGCGCGAAGACGAAGACGACGACGAUGA